GUUGCAUUCUUCCACCUGACCUCUCUACGACUAUCAUUCUGAGGCUUUCCGCCACGACGCGACACAAUCCACUUUCCAUCUGUUGAACAUCAUCGCCAUGAAGACAUUCAGCCUGACCUUCUAUCGCCCUCCGUCAAGUCUGAAAUAGCACUUUAAUCCCUACCUCAAGACGAGGCUGGGUUGCCUGUCCAAACGAUCAAUCACGGACAUCCAGGACGGGAACGUUUUUGACGUUUCUAUAGAGGAGUAGUACGAUCAAACCGUCGAGCGUGUGAAGUCGACGCGAUUCCUCGGUCUGGAGUAUCUUCAGGUACGCCAGCAACCUCGACCUCGUCACAUGGGCCUUCUACUCGAAAAACAAGUCAUGGCAGAUUCCAUGAAUCUCAUCUCGGCGCAGAUAUCCUUUUUGGAACCUCGUCUUGCAUUGGUUCACAUACCCAUCGAGUUGUACACCUUUUGCUUGCAGCCAAUCCUCCAACUUCUCUUUGGCGAAGACCACGACGAGGAUGCAGCCAAAAUCUCGUGGACUAAUCAACACGACUUUCUCAACGUCUCCAUCACGCCCGUCGAGUGCUCCAUCAUUUGUUCGCGGCAGUUAGCGAACCGGUUUGUAUGUCCUGUUGCACAGACUCUGAAUCGGCUGUAUGGCUCCAGCAGCAAAGGGGCCAAGCCAAGGACCGAAGUCCAGAUUAGCUCCGAAGACUAUAUCGCCAUUCAAGUUGAUGGCCAAGGACUCGAUGCAGGUCAACGAGUAUUGGAGCUGACUUCCCCUCUGGCUAUGGCUGGCAUAAGCAUUUUCUUCAUCACAACGUAUUUCUCAGACUACAUACUUGUUCCUUUUCGAUCCCACAAGACGGUUACCAAAGCCCUACAACAGCGAGGAUUCGUGUUCUCCCAGAGUGCUGACGCGUUUGUUUCUCAGCUGUCGCCAUCUUCACCUACCAUGCCUCAAGGCAUCCGUCCGAUCGGCUCGCCGCCAUUCCAUGAGAAUUCUGCGCCCACGACUCCACCAGCAAAAGACCUACCAGAGCUACAGAUCCGGACCUUCACGAAACUAACGCGCAAUAAUAUCAGUCCGCUCGUCGACAGCGAGGUUCGCCUCGCCAACUGCGCGGGCAGCCGCGAGCCUGAUGCAGCGCGAGAUGAGCAGCUUAAGAAUGACCUCCUGCAGGUCUUGAUAGCCACUUCAUAUCUGCCUGAGGAGGCAGAUCAGUGCAAAGAUCUGAAUACUUCAACAAGCCUUGAGCUUGGCCUUGCAGAGGCUGACGCCACUGAUCUAGACUUUGGUGCCAACUUCCUCUCUUUGACCAUUACAGCCAGAGAGCCGAUAUCGGUGCUGCUAGAACACCGACUCCUGGACCGGCUGGGAGGGUCACUUCUAGGUGCAAAGUCUGAGGAAGAUGCACUAAUUCCUAUCACGCUCGAUCUUCGAGAUCUGCCUCUCGACGCCACGGGCAUUGUUUGUGGUGUGGCCGGACGUUUGGCACAAGGAAGCACCGAUGAGUUUGAGCAGCUGAAUCUGAGUCCCGUAUCUGAGGUGAGGCCGCACCAGCUCGAACCAGUCGAAAUCUCUUUUUUGAGCACAGUCAGAGCAGGGACGGUGAUCGUCAGGGCUAACCAUCUGGCCAAGGCCCUUGAUGCACUCAAAUACGGCAUGGAUAGGGUAGCGGACAUGAAAGCAUGAUUGCAUAACCGGUCAACUAAAGAAAUGGCCAUAAAAUUGCAUGCAUAAGGGCAUG